AUGAGGGAGAGUCGCGUUGGAUCAUCUGCAUUCGUGUUUAAUAAUGAAAUCACAAUCGUAGGUGGUAAUACCAAUCAUGGUCCAACUGAAACUCUCACGAAGCUUUCUAUCAGCCCAGAUAUGAAAAGCUCGUCUUGGUCUGAGCUCUCGACGCGACUUCCUGAAAAAUUGUAUGGUCACAGCAGUGUUCUGUGUGAUGGAAUUGUUGCUCAUAUCGGUGGAUGCAACAAAAACAAAAAUAUAUCAAGGAACAUUCAUCAACACAGAAUAUCGCCGACUGGGUUUCAGUCUUGGUUACCCACUCCGUUUAUGCCAGAUCCUAGAUGCUUCCACGGAGCUCAAGCAUUUGAUAACAAGGUAUUUGUAUUUGGAGGACGUAGCUCAUAUGAACGGAGCCUUGAUAGCGUUAUUUCAUAUGAUUUUAAAGAUGAAGUUACACAGCUGGCAUCCCUCCCUUACCCCAUGAGUGAGAUGGCAACUGUACGUUGGGGUGAUAAUGUCAUUCUUAUUGGCGGUGCAGACCAAAAUGGGAAGCCUUUAUCCACUGUUGUUAUUUACAAUGUCAUUACAGAGAGAUGGCAUAUUUUACCACCAAUGAAUGAGAAGAGAAAAGCGUGUUCUGCAGUUGUUGUUCAGAAUAAGAUUUUCGUCAUGGGAGGACGAACUCAGAACAAUACUUGUCUUCGCUCUGUUGAAUGUUUCAACUUCAACAGUUACUCAUGGCAGAAUAUUCCAGCCAUGAUUACAGCAAGAGAACGAGGUGUGGCAGUUGCCUUCUAG